UAACUGCAUGCAUCGAUAUUUCCAACGAUGAUUCUAAGCUUAGUGGUCGACCAGCACUAAAUAAAAUUUCAGCAAUAAAUAUCAACCUCACAAAAUCCACCUUGGUUUUUGCGAAUCGAAUACGUUUAACUUGAGGAAGAGUGCUGGCUGUUGGAAUAGAAAAUUGGUGUUUAUUGUUGACGUUUGAGCGAUAUUUUUGCCUGUAGAUAUUAAUUAAUAGAUAGUUGCAUAUGCCAAAGUAGACACUUUGUAAAAAUUCCAGUGAAUUUUAACCUUCGCCGCCGCUUUUUAACUAAAUAACUGCUCGCCUCGAGUCCAUUCGUAGUUUCGGUGCUUGCCGAUCGGUAUUAGCUGCAGUUGUACGCAAAAACUGCGUGGAAACGAAAAGUGACAGCCGAAACCGAGUGUCCCGCGCCCCGCCGACCGCUGUCACAUUUCAUUUUUUUUUUUGCACGGCGAGGAAAGCGAAAUUUUGUGCAAAAAGUUGCGCUCAGACUGCAAAAAUGAUUAUAAACCUGAAAGUUAAGACCCUAGAUGCCCGCACCCACGAAUUCAGCAUCGACAAUGAGAUCACUAUUCGACAGUUCAAGGACCAGAUUGCCGAGAAGACCAACAUCGCCGCCGAGAACCAGAGGAUUAUCUACCAGGGCAGGGUUCUAGCUGACGAGAAGCAAGUUAAGGAAUAUGAUGUGGACGGCAAGGUGCUCCAUGUGGCCGAGCGUCCACCAUUUUCCCAGCGCGGCACCAACUCCCGCAACAACGAUGAGCCCAUGCGCACUUUCCGCAACCGGCCGCAGGCUGGAAUGCGGACAUCCCCGUACUUCCGCGCCCUGGAUGGAAUGCUUGUCGGCACAAUGGCCAUACCUGUGAACAAUGGUCCUGUUGCAACAACACGGAAUCCCCCCAAUCGCUAUCCCAACUCGUCGUCCUUCUGCAUCAACCGCAUCACCGUGGCCAUGCACAUGAUCGAUUGUGCCGCCAACAUAGCCGCUUAUCUGGAGAAUCCCGCCGUGGGCCUGAACAACCAGUCCCUGGAUAUCCUUCAACGUGGCCGCUGGUCCAUGGAAUCCACUGUAGUCGAAGUGGGCGUCUCCUCAACGGAUCUCCCUCGCAACAACAACAUCAUUGACAUGGUCCAGGAUGCCGUGACAGCGGCCCUCUCACGUACCGGAGCUCGCAACUACACUGUGGUCCAACUGCCCACGGUUUACACCAAUGAGAGCGGCGAAACCACCCAGCAACGGGUUGGCGAAGUUGCCAACGAUGCAGCACCUUCCGGGUCUGCGACCGAAGCCGGUGGAGAGACUACAGCCGCCACUGUCAUUAUAGAGGAUGUGAUUGAAACCGAUGACGAGGCUGCCGACGGGGGUUCAGACCGUUCGGCUACGCCCACACCAGAGGUGGAUGUUGAGGGAGCCGUUGGUGGCCAACCGGCUGCUGGUGCUGCUGUUUCAGCCUCCACCCCGGCAGCAGCUGGCAGCUCAGCCACAGGAGCGGGUGGCGAGGCAGGAGCCGCUCCAGCUGCCGGAGAAGGUGCUGUCAAUGCAGGACCUAGGCGCCGCACUCGUCCCCAAGUGUUGGCCCAGGUCAUUCAGCACUUCCGCAAUACCCAGACGCGUCUGUCUCCGUUCGUGGAUCGCUACUAUGACAUUCUCCAGAACGAUCCUGCCUUUGAGGAAAGUGACACCGCGGGUCGCGAGAAUGCCCAGCGGAUAUUCGACCGCGUUUCGGAGGCCUUCCACUACCUCUCCCAUGCCCAGCAUGCGAUUUCUGACCUGAUGCUGGACCUCUCGCAGCCAGGACCGCGGGUGCUCACCUGCCGACCCAUCCUUGUGGAGCAGAGCGGCUACAUCCGCUCCAACAACAUAUUUGCGCCCAACUUUCUGGCCCCACCACCGAGCCUCCUUAACGAGGUGGCCUUCAGGGCUGGGGCAGCAGCCAAUGCCGCCACGCCCAACCGAGCAGCCGCCUCGACCGCUGCUCCUCCAGCGGCAGGCACUUCGAGUGCAACCACCACGCCGCAGGCCACCAAUCUGCAGGCUGCCACCGAUGCCAGCCGCAGCGCAGCGGCCAUGGCUGAGAUUGCCAGCAGGGCCGCUGGAGCAGCGGCUGAAAUGGCGGCCGGUGCUGCCAAUGCCGCUGCUGCAGCUGCCGGUCUAGCCGGAAUGGCCACCGACCGUGUGGAGGAUCCCGUGGACGAGCCUAUGGUGGCACCGAACGCAGUUAACCCCGGACAGGCGCAGCCACGACCACACGAAAUGGAUCACGAUCACGAUCAGAGUGCUGAUCAGGUUCCUGAUCAAGGCAACGAUCGAGAGCCCAGAGCAGCUCCGCCCAGGCUGCGUGUCUAUGUUCCAGUAACCCUGCCACCGCCCAAUCCCCAGCUGGAGAUGGCGCGCCUCAUCCAGGCAGUGGUCAACAGGGCGACCAACGAGACAAACGACGUGCAUGUGGAGUUCAACUCGCCCAACAUAAUGUCCAUCAACUUGCCCGUACACGUGAUGACCGCCGCCGUGCGUCCGCCUUCGACGGCUGCUGCUGCUGCUCCUCCUCCAGCUUCUGCUGCCGCGGAGGAGUCUUCGGCCGAUAAUUCACCACCACCAGCUGGGAACGGAGAAGCGGCCGCAGCUUCCACGUCAAGCGGCGCACGCAGCGGAGAACAGCGCGCCAAUACAUUGCCGACCACGUCCACCCAAACGCGCUCAACUUCGCGGCCCCAGAUUCAGAUCGGCGGCAACAACAAUUGGGGCAGCCGCAUCGCCCCCACGCACACGGCCUUUGAUCGCUUCCUACCCUGCAACAGCCAUCACAUUCGGGAGCCGGAACCCCAGAAUAACAACGCCUCCGGCAGCAGCUCUAACAACAAUCGGAGCACCACCACCGCAGCACCCACAGUGGGCACCGCCAUCGUGCUACCGACACCCUCGGCCGGAGUUCGUCCUGUCACCUCUGAUCGCAUCCACCGUGGCGGUGCCAACGUACGUUCGACAUGGUCGGCGCGGCGCCUGCGACCCGCUAGCGAGCAGCUGAACAGUCUCCGGCCAGCAGCCUGGGCUCAGGCGUUUUUGCAUUCGCAGACGCAGACCCCGACUUUGAUUCACGUUGGUGGUGGCAGCACCAGCGGGGCCUUGUCCGGAGCCGGGAGAGUUCGCCCCUUGGGAGUAUCGCACAGCCAUCGCGAUCGGCAGGCGGCAGCGGCUAUUCGAACGGCCCUCGUUGGUGGUGGCAGCACCAGCGUGGGUGGCCUGACGACGAUACGGCGGGGCCGCAUCCAUACCACCGGCCACCACCGCCUGUCCAGACAAUUUCCCACCCUCCUAGCUAAUUUUAUGAUUAAUAUGAGAAAUAAUGCGCAAACAGCUUCGUCAGGCAGCAGCGCCUCAGUCGCCCCGGAAGGAGUGGCAGUGACAACGGCCACCCCGGCCCCAGCCGCCAACCCAUCAGCUGCUCCAUCCCAGACUGCUCCGUCGACGCCCGUUAUCAGUGCUGCGCCCCAUCCUGCUCCAUCCCAACCCGCCGCCGAGUCGAGCAAUCUGCGCACCCAGUUGUGCACCUUCCUCAAAGACAGACUGUUCGCCGGGGCGCCCAUUAACGAGCAGACCAUACCAGCGGCUCUCGAUCGCGCUCUGGAGUGGUUCGGCGAUAGCCUAGUCUUCCUGACGCAGUACGAGCGGCCGCAGUUCAACUCCCGGGACUCAGUGUGCAACGUUCUCCGUUUCCACAUCGAGCAAAUCAUUGAUCUCUGCAGCGCAGCUCCGGGCACUGUGUCGGGGGCACAGUUCGAGAGCAGGCUCAAGGAAAUCUGUCGAUACUUUCGGUUGCGCCUCUUCGACGUCCUAACCUGUUGCCUGGGCGCUCUCAAUACCGAGCUCUACUGGCGCCAGUUAAUGCGCCUGUGGAGCCCCCCACUGCGGUCCAAUUUCUGCAAUGAAACCUUUCAGUUCUUGUGCAUGUUCAUUGAUCCCACAAGCCCCAUCGACGAAAAUUCUAUUCUGAUAGGCUGCAGUUCCCCAACUCAGUUCCUUGUCUGGCGCACCGUUCCAGCCGCACCAGUUUCGGGUGAGACAGAACCCUUUGUGGCGCCUCCACCUCUGCCUUUUAAUCUCCAGCCGCACCGACAUCAGCAACAACAACCGCAGCAGCAGGCUCUCGACACUGACGUGGAAAUGGCCGAUGUGGCCUCCUCCAGUAGCAGCAGCACACCAGCAGCUGGAGCAUCUGUAGCAGCAGACCCCCUGCCCGCCGUGAUUGUGGGCUCUGAACCUUGGCACAUGAGUUUCCCCAACGAGUGGUUGCCUGUGAUAACGCGUGACUUGCAGACCCAGACUGAGAACGAUCGCCCCCAGCAGCCUUACUCCGAUGCCUAUAUAUCCGGAAUGUCGGCCAAGCGCCGCAAGAUUAUCCAAUCGGAUAAGCCGACAGCUAGUGUAGAGUGCUUGAUUGCUAGUGGCGUCCAGCGGGCCAUCCAGAGCGCCGGUCUGGGUGCUAAUGGAAGCACCAGCAGUUCCUCCAUCAAUACGGACUCGGUGAUCGGUUCUAUUGCCCACGACGCCGCCAUUCAGGCCUCAUACACGGAUGCUGUGCGCAAUAGUGUGCGGGAGCGGAUCAAGCAGGACGUCGAUUACAAGCCCAGCAAGUACCCGCAGAUGACCAAGUUCGCCGAGCAGAAGUAGAGAACCAAGGAGCCCUUGGCCAACUAGUGCUGCUUGUUGUACAUUUUACUUUAAUGCAUUGUAUUUAAUUUAGUUAAUAGCUAAGCUUGUUUAAAUCCAACGAACGACGACGAUGAGGCAGGCGACUUGGAGACCAGCACUUGGAGAGGAUCUUUAGAUAAAUCCUAUGCCCUAUAUAGAAUAAUAAUAUCCAACUGAUAUGUAAUCAUAUAUACACUACCCUCACACCAACACACACACUAUGGGACACGAAUUGCAGGGCCCAGACAGACAGCUUAGGGGCUGCGAUAAAGGAUUAAAAUAAACACACUUAUUAACCCUAAAUGGCCCUAAAUAAUGGGAUCUAGGAGAGAAAGCCCCUGAGAAAGCGAUUGGCUUUCAAUUUCAAGUUCCAAAUGGCGAUGGCGUCCCCGUGUCGCGUGACGUGUUGGACAGAUCGGAGCCGUGACGACAGCCAGCCAGUGAAAAUUCCAAAUUCCAGCCAAAUAUUUUGGCCAGCGCCUCAAUUGACGUCGGCCAAUGGCACAUGAUUGCCUAUGACGAUGGCUCUGGAAUGUGGGAUGGCGGAGGAAAUGGGCUCAAGUGGAUGAUCAGGAGAUUACAAGAAAAAGGCCUAUAGCCUAUCAAAUCCAAUUCAAUCUAGCACAUCACAUCCUAUUUAAUAACCAGAGAAGCCGAAGCCGAAGCCGAAGCCGAUCGUUGUUCUUGUCACCUGCAAUCAAAACACAAAAAUGUGUCACACAAAAAUGCUGGCAAUAUUUAUGAGGUGGAACGAAAAAAUAAACCGACAAAUAUCGAAAACGAGCAAAGAAACGGAGAACAUAUAUGUAUGAAUAAAUAAUAAUUAUUAAUA